AUGCUUUCGAAUUGGACGAGAUACAUCCUCACCUACCAACCUGCUCCUUUGCCCAUCGUCCACAGGGCCCUCUCCGAAAAUUCCACAACCCUCUGCGUCCUCGCUCUCUUCAUGUUACAAGGCUUUUACCUCCUCUUCAAGGUCGGCUUGCCACCUUCGAGCGGGGACCUCAUCGGCGACCGCGCAGGCCUCCUUUUCAUCAAUAACCUACCCUGGCUAUACCUCUUCGCAGCCAAAAACCAACCCCUCAAGCUCCUUUUCGGAUUCUCCCACGAGAACAUGAACCUCCUUCACCGGCGGCUGGGAGAAUGGAUGUGCUUUCUCGCAAUAGUCCACAUCGGAGCUAUGCUCAUGGGCUGGUAUGAGUUCCAUCGUCCUAGAGGACUAGGGCUCAUCAGAUACUUGCUAAUUCCAUACAUCCUUUGGGGUGUUGGCACUUGGCUUGCAUACCAGACGUUGUACUUGACAGCUCUUCGAAGUUUUAGGGUAUGGUGGUAUGAGGCUUUUCUGGGGCUCCAUGUGCUGUUGCAGGCCGGGGCCUUGAUUAUGCUUUGGCUGCACAAUCCCCCCUCACGACAAUUCAUCCUUGCUGCUCUCGCAAUCUUUGUACUGGAUAGAUCUGUCUGGAGAUUGUGCAUUAAGCGCCAUGUGACCCAGGCGCGAUUGCAAGUCUCGGAUGACGGACAGACGGUAUUGGUUUCUGCAGACUGGCCUAUGAAAUCCAGAGACGCAUCUUUCUGGCGUAAGAUCUUUGGCCGGAAUACGGAGUACGGCUGGAAACCAUCUCAACAUGUUUUCAUCAGUAUUCCUGGAAUGGGCAGGAAAUAUCGCUUCCAAUAUCAUCCUUUUACAAUCGCUUCUGCCGCGCCAGCUCCAGGACAGACAUGCGGCUGGUUCAAUCUUAUCAUUCGUGCUAAGGGAGGCUUCUCAAGAGAUCUUCUCCACUACGCAGAGAAAACGCAGUCGACGAGGAUCUGUGUCGAUGGACCCUAUGGCUCUCUACGCACACUGGAGAUGGCCCGUGACAACGACGUGUGCAUCAUCGUAGCCGGUGGCGCGGGGAUCGCAGUUGCGUAUCCUUUGCUGUGGUCCUUGCUGCAUCACAAUGCCACGCCUGAUCAGAAUGCAAUCCCGCAUCCACGAGAGCAACAGAUCUGCCUGAUCUGGAUUGUCCAAGACACCUCGCACAUUUCUUGGCUUGGACAAGAAAAGCUUGAUGAGCUGAGAGAGCUUGGCCUGCAUCUCGUCGUACCGCCACCAACUCGUCGGCAUGGACGACCGGACAUACGGGCGAUUCUGAGGGAGCAGGCUGAAGAUUUGAAGGAGCAGAAUGAUAUUGUUAGUGUUGUCGUAAGUGGACCGGAUGGUUUGAAUAGGACAGUGAGGAACGAGUGCGCCAGGAUGAUCAGAACGGGCAUAAAAGUAGAGGUUGCGGUGGAGAAAUUUGGAUGGUGA